AGUGCCAGUUAUCCAAAUGGCGAGCCCUUCCCGGAGAACCACCGCCCGAGUCCUCCGGUCGGCCUCCUCCUCCGCCGACUCCUCUCCCUUGUCCGCAACCCUUUCCCAUCGCCGAUCCAGUUCUCCCUCCCGCCUCCACAUCGCCGGAUCCGCUCCAUCCGGGAAGACCCCUUCCGUCCGUUUCGCCCUUGAGCGAUCGGGCUCCCCACGCCGCUCCCUCGCGGCCGUCGACCGCCGGCCUGCCCCCGUUCGCCGCACCUGCAUGUGCUCCCCCACCACCCACCCCGGCUCCUUCCGCUGCAGCCUCCACAAGGGCCUCCGCUUCUCGCACCACCGCUCUGCGCCCGCGGCGUCGAAUCGCCUCAACGCCCGCCGAUCCGCGAUGACGAACUCGCUGGUCCGGAUCGGGGCCGUCGAGGGCGAGUGGGUUAGGCGCGCACUCGCCGCCCUCAUCCGGCCGUCCUCGCACCAACAGAGGCGGAGGGAGGAGUUCCGACCGCGCCCCACCCGCCUCUCCGUCAUGUCCACGGCCGACGACCGCUAGAUCUCCGCCGAUCUGGACUCAGGUUUUUUCUGAAAUCCGAUCCUUUUUUUUCUCUCCAGGCGCAUCAUCUCCGUGGCGGAAUCCGAUCAUUUUAGAAAUCAGAUUCUUCUCUAUCCCCUUUUUUCACUUGGGACUUGUAUCGAUUCUUCCUCCGUGAUCUUAAAAUUCAAUAAAAAGGAAGCAAAUACAUCUCAAAACCCAUCGAUCUGUAAAUCUCACAAAAGCCUUAAACGGAUCGAUCUAUUAUUUUCUUGUUUUUUUUUUAUUGUUCAUGGUAUUUUUGAGUCCAGAGAAACGUGUUGUCCUCGCCCG